AUGGAUUCCACUGGUCCACCAAGUGAGCAGCCAGUUCCAACCGUCAGUCGUCAGUCUCGCUCCCGAGACGACCAUGACACCUUGGAACGUGGUUCCUUCACCGCACAGAAAUUGACAGACUCUAACGUCUUGAGACCACAGCAACAUGGAUCGCCAGAGCACCUACAUGUCACGAAUCGACGCUUCUUCAUAGGGCCAUUGCCCAAGGGCUGGGGCCAAAACCGCAGGAGGCAUUGGUAUAAAUCAUGUCUUGGGAUCAGAGAUUAUUCGUCUCGUAACCAAACAUUCUCCGCAGAUAUGUCUGUUGGAUACCAGCGCAAAUCAACUCGAUUCAUGGGUCUUUCUUCAACUACGCGAUUCAAGCCGAGCUUCCCACAACCAGAUGAUGUCGAAGUCGAAGUCGAAGACCAAGACGAGGAACAAGACGAGGACCACGACCAAGAGAAUGGAAUCCAACAACAACCACCUGUAGAGAAUGGCCAAACGGCAGGAGGUAGUCAAGUGGGAUCAAGGGUAAUCAGAUCAAUAGACGCUGGUCGUGAAGCCCAGCGCAGGGACGAAGACGCGGGAUACUUUGGUCUCUCCCACCCGAAUAUAAAACGUAUACAAGAUCAACAGCGACCUAGGAAUAGUCCUCUCGCUACGAAUUCCAGCCUUGUUGUACGAAUGUCAUCCGACGAUAACGUGCCCGAAGCCUAUUUUACCGCCCCUGACACUGAACCGCAGUCGACAACUCCUAAGGCCAACCCUAUGCCACAAGAUAACACCAAGUCACAAAACCGAAAGAGUACAGAAAGCGGGCAGCCGCAAAGUUCCUCCUCGUUACCAUAUCGAAAUAGUUAUGCAACCACUGGUACAUCAGCCAUAUCUACUACCGAUGGGCAAGGUUUAGAAACAGAUGUUGGAUCACUAUCAUCUUUGAUACCCCAUAAUAAACCGCCACCAUCUUCCACUCCAAGAGAGAGGAGGCAGCCAAAACCUCAACAACUCGCGUUACAGCCUCAAGAGCCUCGAGGAGAAGCUGAUCAGACAGAAGCCGAAUUGGCUGAGUCUCAACAACCUAGCAAGCUUAUUAACCGUGUUAUAUCUGACCGAGUCCGCUUUGGAGUAGAGGAGAGGAUUGAGAAUGGACAACGCCGUCUACAGAACCACCUUCGCCUAUCCGAUGAUUCCAGGACCAAUAGGAAACAAAAACAACAGGCUCGUCGAUAUGGAGAAGUUCUUAGAGCAGAAAAAAUGCUAGUGCGGAUCGAUGUCACUGCUCAAACUGUGCCCAAUCUCUAUAACGAUAAUGCCAGCCUUAAAAUUGAAACACGACCUGUCGAAAACUGGAGGGAGUAUCUUGUAGGUGCUAAAGUCAAGAGAAAAUAUGCACAUGAGGUUAAACUUUCCCAGGGACAAGCCAACGUAAAUCUAUUCUCUACUUUGGACAAGACGGUUGUUGUGUGGCAUCCUACAAAGAUGGAUGGUACUCGUAUUUUCAUUAUGCGAGCUCGAGCGGCCGCACAUUCGGUGGAAUGGUAUACCUUCAUUCGAAAGGUCUUGGGCUGGAAACAACCCUCCAGCCUAUUCGUCCACGCACCUGAUCUUGAUGUUUCUCUUGUUCUACAGAACCCGUUUGAGCGGUUUGCAAAGGAUAACUAUGACGAGAAUGAAGGAACUCUGUUAAAUUCAAUGGGCGAGGAACAAGCCGUAUCUACGGGAAUAAUACGCACUUGCAUGGACACACUCACCGAAGGUUCUGAAUGGUCUCAGAUUCUUGAUAUAUGGAAGAAGUCUGAGAAGAUGGGCUUAGCAUGGCGGAGGUAUGACCGGAUAGAGUGGAUUCAAGGAGGGAAUGAGGAGAGAAUGUAUGGAACAAUGGCUAUGAGAACUUCACACGAUUUGGAACUGCGCCCGAAGCGGCAUUAUCCAACUUCCACGGCUGUGGAUCCAUCUGAACCCCUGAUGGAGGAACCUUCUCCAAUCGAAGGGUUUUUAAUUCUCCUCACAUCCCAGCAAGGCACCCACCGGCGCUGGGGAAAGAACUUCUCCAAGCGUUUAUAUUUCUAUAGCGAGGACCAAUACCUCUGCUUUUGCAAGCCAACAAAGGCAUCUAUACCUCCAGCCCCAAAACGUCCCAGUGUUCCCGAAGCUGGGUCUUCCACUGCACCUGAAACAAUCAGAGGCACUCCUGUUAUGUAUACGGUUGACCCAUAUCCAGUUAAAAAUGGCCGGAUUUCAUGGCUACAUGACGGAGGUAAUAAAUCAUAUGCUAGGUACUGUGACCAAGCCGCAUACACAGAGAAUCGCCGAAAUACAAAUAACCUUAGCCAAACGGAAGGAUAUUUCAAUUUAGGCCGAGUAACUGAAAUAAGAACUGUAUCAGAGACGGAAAGCACAGGAACCCAAAGCAAUGGAACAAAUCUUGGGACUCAGCGCUCUAUUACAAACCGUGCUACUACCAGCAGUUUCUCUCAUAGUGACAACGAUCACGUAUUUGAGCUUGAACUUGAUGAUGGGCUUGUGGUUAGAUUACGUGCCUAUAAUACUGAAACCCGAGAUGCUUGGAUCCAUAGGUUGCGCCAAUUGACUACAUACUGGAAGGCUCGGGUCAAGGCUGACAUCAACAUAUUGAAGUCUAUUCGACAACGCAACCUGGAAAAACUUGAUAUAGAUGAGGAGCAGGAAUCUGUGAUUGGACAAUUUGCACAAAAAUGGGAAGUUGCUCGGGCAGACGCCUCACCGGAGCUCUUCAAUGUUUGUGGCCCAUCCGGAUGCCGGGCGAUCAAGGGCUCUGUUAGGACUUUUUCAGGAGAACAAGUACCUCAUACGCAUCAGUCUAGGCAGACCAUUCUCGACCUACGGGAUUGCUACCUAUAUAGUGGUAUCAUUACUAGCUCCGACUUACUAUACCACAGCCAGACCUUUGACAACAAUCACCCAAGCCAUAAUUCAACACCACGCAUAUACCCAUCUGAUGGUUGGACAUCGGCCGAUGAGGAUACAGCAACAACUUUUGUCAUCUGGAACAAUACCCGCCGAGUAUUGUUCCAUGGGGAAGAAGAGAGAGAUGGAAACCAGAAGACGCGAAGAUGGAGACAUGUAUCUCGCCUAGGUACAUCAGGCAGAUCAAUCGUAUUUAAAGCUCGAAGUAGAGCAGAAAGAGAUCUGUGGGUUCUGGCUAUCGAGACGGAGAUCGACCGGCUACAGCAGCAGGAGGAUAUGAGAAUUGUACCAGAAAAGUGA